AUGGCUGCCGUUGCACCCUCUGCAGCACUUCACGCCGCAUCUUGUACUCCAAAUCCUCAAGAUGAGGAACACGCCACCGACGUCGAUGUCAUACACAAUGCAGAGCAAAAGCUGCCGAUUGACCCUCCGGACGGUGGUCUAAAAGCAUGGCUCCAGGUAGCAGCCUCCUUUGCCCUCUACUUCAACCAUCUCGGCCUCGUCAACUCCUUCGGCACCUUUCAAUCCUACUACACCAGCCACCUCACACCAUCCAAUCCACCCUCCCCCUCAUCAAUAUCAUGGAUCGGCUCCAUCCAAAUCUUCCUCCUCAUGUCCGUGUCCGUGAUAAUCGGCCCCCUCUACGACAUGGGCCACUGCCGCGCGCUCAUCGCCACAGGCACCAUCCUCAUCAGCACAGGCUUCAUGCUCACGUCCAUCAGCACCACGUACUGGCAAAUUCUACUCGCGCAAGGAAUAUGCAUCGGCCUAGGAACGUCCUUCAUCUCCGUGCCGAGCAUAGCCAUCGUGCCGCUGUAUUUUCGUAAGCGUCGUGCAAGAGCCAUGUCUCUCGCCACUGUGGGCAGUGGGCUAGGCUCAACUUUGUACCCGUUGAUGUUUCAGAAUCUCCAGGCAAGUAUUGGGUUUGGGUGGGCGAUGCGCGCAAUGGGGUUUCUGUCUCUUGUUCUAUGCGCCUUUGCUGUGCUCGCCAUUCGUCCGAUCCCACCGUCCACACCAAGCUGGAAGCACGGUUCCGUGAGCAUAAAAUGGUUCAUUGAUACGUCUGCGUUUUCAGAAAAGACAUACCUCCUCUACUGCGCGGCAAUCUUCUUCAACAACCUCGUCUUCUUCAACUCACCGUACUAUUUGCAGUCGUAUGCCCUCACACACGGCAUGUCCACCUCCCAAUUAGCACACUACCUCAUUGCCAUUCUUAACGCGUGCACCAUCCCCGGCCGUAUUAUUCCCUCCUUCUUCGCAGAUAAGUUUGGCCCAUUGGAUACGUUCAUUAUCGUGUGCGCAUUUGCUUCUGCAAGCAUAUUCUACUGGAUCAGUGCGACGACUGCCGCGGGCAAUAUUGCAUUUGCCGUCAUUUAUGGCUUCUUCUCCGGUGGCGUAGUUGCCUUGGCCACGGUGGUGAUUACUUCGAUUACGCCUGAUUUGGGAAGACUAGGGACCAGAUUGGGCAUGGUGAGCAUCAUAAAGGGCGUGGGGUCGUUGGUUGGACCGCCUAUUUCCGGUGCUAUUUUGAGCGCGACGGGCAAGUAUUUGGGUAUACAGCUGUUUGCGGCGCUUGGGUUGAUGCUUACGACGGUGUUUUCGGUGGCGUUGAGGAUCGUGCUUGUAAGGAGGGAGAUUAAGGCUUUGCCUGAGCAGGGUAUGAUGCAUCCAGAGAGUGAUGGGGAGACGGCAGCGGCGAGGACAUGA